AUGGUCCUCAAGACCGUCUUCCUGCCUGCCCCGUCUUUCACUGUUCCUUCUGAAUCCAUGGCCAAGAUGGCCAAUCUGUCCCUCGCCUGCUCUGAGCCGGAACCCUGUGAUGAAAGCAGUGAGCUCGAGAAUGAAAUUUCCAAGAUUCUCCCCAUGUUUACUUCCGUCGAAAAAGACUGGAACUCGUUCGGAUAUCUGCUGAACGAAGGUGCCAGCACUUCUGCCAGUUGUCCUCAUUCCGAUUCUAAAUCUGACUGCGAAACUGUAAUAUUCAAAAAGCCCCUAGACACAAUUGGAAAGGGAAGAAGAAGGAGGAGAAACACAAUCGGUAGGCAUCUAGGCUUGGGAAAAAGUAUUGGAGAAGCUUUCUGAAAACGAACAUUUUACUUUUCAGGUUCCAAACCGAAACUGGAAUCUAAAAAAGAGGUCAUCAACCCGGCUGACAUCACUCUGGGAGGUGACACUUAUGACUAUGGAAAGCUGGAAAUGAAGGUGAGUGCCUUUCUCGAAGAUUCUUCAGUUUCUUGACCGACUCCUUUCAGCCUUACGCCUUCAACAAUGAAUCGAUAGCUUCCGGAGUGGCCCGCCGCCGUCGUACCUCUGCGAAUCUCUCCAAAUCCUCAGAUGAUCACGAGCCGGCGGCCACUGCCACGGCCACCGCCACGGCCAACCUCAUCCCAACCACGCGUGGCACAAAAGAACGCCGACUCUCUGAGCCGCCGCGAGCCUCGUUCUUCUUCGGAAUCGGCGGAAUCGACAUCGACGUCGGCGUGCCGCACUGCACGUGCCAGCAAAUGUACGAUCCGGCAAAGUUCUACGUGCAAUGCGAGAUGUGCGCCCGUUGGUACCACGGAGACUGCGUGGAUGUGUCCGAGAACAAGGCGAAGGAGCUGGAACACUGGACGUGCGAGCAGUGCAUUGAGGAGCAGGCGAGGGUAAAGGAACAGCCCGCCCUUUACUGCGUCUGCAGAAAACCUUAUGAUGAUACAAAGUAAGAGGAAAGACACCGUUUGCAAUCCUCUCAUUCGCCUAUUUUCAGAUUCUACGUAGGGUGUGACAGCUGCCAAGGGUGGUUUCACCCGGAAUGCGUCGGUAUCACUCGCGAAAUCGCAGAAGACGCGGCCGAGUACAACUGUCCCGACUGCCUCCGAGAAGCCGGCUACGAUUCGGAAGCCUCCGACGCAUCCGUGAACAGCAGAGCCAGCUCUGUCCAUGAACUCAAGUAAGUCGCUCUUCCCGUUUUCGCACUCUCAUUCUCAUAACUUUUCAGCCGCGCCGAUUACGCUCACGUCAUGCAGAUGCUCGAAUUGAUGCUCGAACACAGAAUGAGCACUCCGUUCCGCACUCCUGUCGAUACGAACGAGUUCCCCGACUACGAACAGGUCAUCAAGAAGCCGAUGGAUCUGUCGACGAUCACCAAGAAGGUGGAGGCACUCGAGUACCAAUUCCUUCACCAGUUCGUCAAUGAUGUUCACAUCAUGUUCGAGAACGCAAAGACCUACAAUCCGAAGGACAACGCCGUGUUCAAGUGUGCCGAGACGAUGCAGGAAGUGUUCGAGAAGAAGUUGAUCGAGGUGAAGGAGCAGAUGAUUGCCAACCAGCAGAUGCUGAUGCUCCAACAGCAAGGACCUUCCACGUCGAUGAGUUCCGCCCGCAAAAGAGUUCAGUCGGAGAGCCAACGGACUGUCGAUUCGCUCGACAUUGAUUCGGAUCAACUGCUUCCGCUUGAUCAGUCUAUUCUUCGCUAUUUCAAUUUCCAGUAA